AUGACCACCAUGCCUCCGAUAACAUCUGGUAGCUCCUUCACAGUACAUACCGGCAAUGUCAACAACUACCUUGAGCUUGUAACUCGACGUCAUAAAAAUUCUGCUGCUGAAAUCGCUGCUGCGUUCAAACAUUUGGCAGCACAAAAUACGGUCUGCCUUUGCACGUUUUCGGCUGAUGACGUUCAAAAUGCCGUUAAAGUCACGCUAGACACGCUAAAGCUGGGGUCAUUGUCGCAGCUUAUCGUUUCAUUUCCUUACGAUGAGUCAACGGACCUAUCUGACAGCGACUGGAUGGAGAGAAUUCGUCCAAUCUGGGAACUCAUGGAGAGUCUUGUUAAUAAAGAUUUGGUUCAUUCCGUGGGAGUAUCUGAUCUCGACGUUGACCGAUUGCGAUUACUAUGUGAAGAAGCGAAGGAGCAUAAACCAACGAUAAACCAUUACAGCAUUGAUGGAUGUUGUACGGUACCGGCAGAGUUAGUGGAAUACGCGAAGGCCCACGACAUCCAGCUGCUCACGCAUAAUGAUCCUAGGAGUUGCGAUCUCGACACUGAUGUGUUUGACUCGAUUGACAAAAUAACUGACACUGGUAGGAACCUGACGUUCAGAUGGGCAGCGAGGUACACGAUUUGGAUACGAAGUCGAUCAGUAAUGGCAGCCAAAGGAUAUUUUGUGCAGUUCACCAAAAAAUAA